AUGGAGGAACGCAAAAGCGCCCCCAUCCCAAGUGGACAACCUUGUUUCCGCAGUGACGACGACGGCACCGAACUCGCACGGUUUAUCUAUAAAUGCCUCGCUGGAUUCAUGGUGGUGUUAUUUGUGUUAUAUUAUUUAGGCACGCAUGUUGAGGCAGCUCCGGCGCCAUUAGCAAGUGACACUACGCUCAGCACCAGGUCAAUACAAGACGCUUCUUAAGGUGCAGGGCUGUCUGUGAGCGGUGUUUUAGCUGGACACUCGCUUGCCGGAAGGCCAGUUAAGAACCGUAGUAGUUACAUUAUCUGCGAGUUUAAAGCCUGUGUAGCCACGAUUGCAGUUUUCUUGGUAGCUUCCGCAGCAGUGGGAGCAUUUGGCGCCUCAGCUACCUCUCAAACUAAGCGGUCAUAACAGAAUAGUGUGCGUGCUGGUUACUAUUACCAUGCGGCCACCGGAUUUCACUAUGAGUUACAGGGAGUAGAUCCGGUUUCAUGUGGUUAUAUGGGCCAAGACUUAGCUAACCUAGCGAGCGAUGCAGGCAUCAGUAACACACUGGUUACGCGGAACAUAGCAGCGGCUAAUGACACCACAGCUUUGCACAAGAGAGAUGGUGAGUACGUGCACGGCGUGAGGUUUACGCACCAAGGGUUUGAUAAAACUGGCAUCCAUCUCUCGAACAACGUUGAAGAGUUCUUUAAAUCCUACCUCGAGUACAAGCCUCAAGCCAAUGAAACGUAUAGUCUUGCCAAGCGAUCUGAUGAGAUCACGUGGGCUUCUUAUACUAUAGCUUGGGCUGAUCAGCAGCAAGAAGCUGAGGCCGAAGGUAACGCCAGCGAAGAAGAGUACAAUGGAGCAGCUGAUACUGCAUUCGCCGACUGGAUAGGAUACGAUACGAGCGAUAAGUACUGCUUAGGUAUGGAAUGGAGCAGUACCAGGGGCGAAUUUGUGGCCGGUGAAGUAUUCUUCAACGCUUAUGGUAGCGUUGAUGGCCAAUGUUGGGACAUAUACGAGUAA